AUGAGGCACCUGCCCUACUUCUGCCGCGGCCAGGUGGUGCGGGGCUUCGGUCGCAGCUCCAAGCAGCUGGGCAUCCCUACAGCUAACUUUCCUAAACAAGUAAUAGGUAAUCUUCCAGCUGAUGUAUCCACUGGCAUUUACCAUGGUUGGGUCAGUGUUGGAAGUGGAGACGUCCAUAAGAUGGUGAUGAGCAUAGGAUGGAACCCAUACUACAAGAAUACGAAAAAGUCCAUGGAAACUCGUAUCAUGCAUACUUUCAAAGAGGACUUCUAUGGGGAACUUCUCAAUGUGGCCGUCGUCGGCUACCUCAGACCAGAAAAGAACUUUGAUUCUUUAGAGUCACUUAUUUCAGCAAUUCAAGGUGAUAUUGAGGAAACUUAA